AUGGAGACAAUCGACGAUGACUCCAGUGUGGAGUCCCAGACAUGGAUCCAAUGGUUCUGUGACCGAGAGGGCCAUGAAUUCUUCUGAGAGAUCGAUGAAGAGUACAUCCGUGACCAGUUCAAUCUCUAUGGGCUUAAGCCAAAGUUCACUAGAUAUCAAGAAGCAAUUAGGAUGAUCCUAAGAGAAGAUCCCCCUGAGGAAGAAGAGUUCAAUCAAGAAGAAUUCCUUGAAGUCUACCAACAAGCUGUUGACUUGUACGGGCUAAUCCAUGCUAGAUUCAUCCUCACUCUGAGGGGAGCAAGUCUGAUGAGGGAGAAAUAUACAUUAGGAGAGUUUGGUAUCUGUCCAAGGAUUUUAUGAGAAAGACAAUACGUACUCCCAAUAGCAAAAAUUGAAGAGCUAAACGUAUCCAGAGUGAAAGUUUAUUGCCCAAGAUGCCAAGACUGAUAUUGGCCAAGAGGAUCUUCAUGAGAUUUAGAUGGGACUUAUUUUGGAGUCUCCUUCCCUCAAUCUUUUAUUCAAUUCUUCCCUGAUAUGUUCAAAGAUUUUCCAGCUUGCAAAGAAUUUUCAACCAAACUUUAUGGAUUCAGUGUUUUUGGCAAAAAAAAGGAUCUAAAUAUGAAUAUAAGCAUAAUAAAAAGGAGAGAUUACUAACAAAGAUGAGAUAGAUAAGGUACGUGAUAAAAUUAUCUGAGAAGAAGACCUUGAACUUGAUUCAUUAAAAAAUCCAGUCAACAUAAUAUCAAAAACUCAAACCUCUCUUCUCCAAUCUAUCAACCCUUCCAACAAUCCAGAAGACAGCACCCCAGUAAGCAUUACCUAAUUCCUAAAAUCCCACCC